AUGUCGUCCAACAACACCUCGGCCAGUGUCUCCAUCGAUAAGUUCGAUGGGGACAACUACUCAACCUGGUGUCGCUACAUGCGCGGCGUGUUUCUGACGAAGUCAGUCUGGUACGUCGUGAACCGCGAAACGUCUCCAACCUUCACCGACACGCGAGCUUCCGACGAGUACGUCAAGGCGAGCAACAUCGCGUUCGGGUUGAUGUUGCUCCACAUGGACGCCGACUACCACCAUGUGGUCGACAACUGUGAAGAAGCAUGGACAGCGUGGUCGCGGUUGAAGAUGCUCUAUGGUGGGUCGCAGAAGGCGGGACGCAUCUACCUCAAGCGCCAGCUGUUCAGCAUCAAGAUGGCGGAAGGUGCCAACGUCUUGCACCAUUGCAACGAAGUCUUGAACAUCGGCGCCAAGCUCAGCAGCAUCGGUGCCAAGAUGGAAGACGAAGACAUUGCGAUCUGCUUGCUGCUCAGUCUCCCGAAGAGUUUCGAGAACGUGGUUCUGAACUUGGAGAUGAGCAAUGCAGAGCUGCGCACGCAAGAUGUGGUCAAGGUGCUGACUAACGAGCACAUCAAGCGACAAGGCGAGAAGAUGACAACGGCAACGACAACGGUGAAGACUGAAGAUGCGACAAAGGCAUUCAGUACCGAGCGCAAGCCCUACCAAUGCACAUACUGCGGCAAGGUGGGGCACACGGCAGAGCGUUGCUGGACGUGUUGA